GAAUAUUCAGGGAAAGAAAAAAUCUUGGUUAUUUGAGUUCUGCUGAAAAUCAAAAUCCGGUUCUGUGAGGCAUCGCCACCGCCGCUGACUUCUCCAACUCCAACGGCGGCCCGGCGUUGGACCUCUCACCGAGCUGAAGAUUUAACCAUGUGAAAUUGUGAACGGACCACCACCAUCUUCCCCUCAUGGCUGCAGCUCUCUCUACGCCUUCCUUUUCCCUUCCCUCCUGCAGGGCAAUAGCCCCUUGCAGGGGCUCCUCCUUCAACCCCUUGUCGUUCUCGCCAUUUCAUGGCAAAUGCCAUCCUCUCCCAACGAAUUCGAGGAAAUUGAAUUUGAUGAAAGCAAUGGUUUUGCAAGAUAAGAAGAAAAUUGUGGUGACAACUGAGCUUAAUAGUCUACCAGUUUUGAAACGUACUGAUGAAGAACCUGAUUGCUCAGUUGAAAGCACAUCUUGCUCGGUUGAAAGCCCACCUAGUUUUCUUGAGAGUUGGGCUAUAAAAGUUGAACAGACUGUGAAUGUAUUGCUACUGGAAUCAGUUAUUAAAAUCUUAGAUGCACUGUACCAAGAACGUGAGUAUGCAAGGUUCUAUGUACUUGAGACCAUUGCACGAGUACCAUAUUUCUCUUUCAUAUCUGUUUUGCACAUGUAUGAGAGUUUCGGUUGGUGGAGGAGGGGUGAUUAUUUAAAAGUGCAUUUUGCUGAAAGCUGGAAUGAGUUGCAUCAUUUGCUAAUCAUGGAGGAAUUAGGUGGUAACAGUUGGUGGUUUGAUCGAUUUCUUGCUCAGCACAUAGCUCUGUUCUAUUAUUUCAUGACUGUUUUCAUGUAUCUAAUAAGCCCAAGGAUGGCAUACCAUUUUUCUGAGUGUGUAGAGUUGCACGCAUAUUCGUCAUAUGACAAAUUUCUCACCCUGAAAGGAGAUGAGCUUAAAAAAUUACCUGCACCUGAGGUUGCUUUGAAGUACUAUACAGAAGGGGACCUGUACUUGUUUGACGAAUUUCAAACAUCUCGAGCUCCAAAUACUAGGAGACCAAAGAUUGAGAAUCUAUAUGAUGUAUUUGUUAACAUUAGAGACGAUGAAGCAGAGCAUUGUAAAACUAUGAAGGAUUGCCAAACCCAUGGAAACCUCCGAUCACCUCAUUCAUCUGCUGGUUCGUGUAAGGAAUCAAAUACAGUAGCUUCCAAAGAUUGUGCAGGCAUUUUCGACUGUUUAAAGAAGUCUAUAACCACACCUCCACAGGAAGAGUAAUACGAAGUUUGAAAUUUGCGGUGGGAUGCUGAGCGCAGCCAUCUGGGAUUUAAAGUUGUAGCAUAUACUUGUAAAACCUUACAUGAUUUCUUCUUCAUAUAGAUAGAUAUAGGAUCUAUGGAGCAAUUACUUAGAAGUACAUUUUGUGCAACAGCCCUUCCUAUCUGAUAGAAAAGGAUCUCAUGAUACUGAACGGAUCUUACCUGGGAUCGCAAAUCCCAAGUUUGUCUAUGAAGAGCUGAUCUAAUUGUAUUAGUGUCUAUAAUUGAUUUCUUUUGUGUAAUACUAAUUGAUAGGACCUCAUUGGUAAGUGCUACAA